CACCGUGUUUUGGAACUUUCCCGUUGCACCGUUAAAAAGUCGAAGCUGUUCAUGCAACGCGCGACAUAGGAACAUUUUCAGUAGCACUUGGAUACUGGAUGAUCAUAUUUUUCUGAAACUGGAAAACUAUGUCGGUAAACAAAAGGUAUCAUAAAGCUGUGAAAAUGAUUUGGAUGUUCUUUUUCGUUAUCAGUGCACUGGAAGCCAUCAGUGAUAGAUCUAACAGAAGAACCCGUGGCCCAAAGUUCUUCCAUGAACCUCCAGAAAUUGUAGAAUUUUCUAAUUCUACCGGAGCUGUGGUGACAUGUUCCGCAUCAGGUCUUCCUGAGCCAGUGAUGCGAUGGGAAAGGAAAGAUGGAAUGCCCGUGUCAAACAUCCUCGGCAUCCGGCAAAUACGGCAAGACAACUCUCUUGUGUUUCUCCCCUUCGAUGUGAGCAAGUAUCGUCAAGAUGUCCACUCUGUGAUUUAUCGCUGCACAGCGACGAAUAAAAUAGGAAAAAUACGAAGCAGAGACGUUGUCAUCAAAGCAGUUAUUCAUCAAACGUACGAAGUUCACGUACCAGAUCAUUUCGUAACUAGAGGAAGCACAGCGGUACUACAUUGCCACAGUCCUCCAGCGGUUAGACCGUAUAUCAAAGUUAUGCUCUGGCUUCGAGAAGAUGGUUUAAGUAUUGGAUCUCCGGGAACUACAGGUGAUAAAUAUAUAGUUUUACCAAGUGGUGAGCUACUGAUUAAAAACGCUGGUCCAAGUGAUGCUGUUAUUGGUUACCAGUGCCAAGUUCAUCAUCGACUCAAUGGAGAAAGCAAAGUCAGUGCUACUGCUGGAAAGCUAAUAAUUAGGGAACCCCACAUCUCUCAGCCACCUACAAUUACGGAAUCCCGACCAGUUAUCCGGGCAAGAGAAUUCGACAGAGUUGUUUUACCAUGUGUUGGACAAGGUUAUCCUCAUCCCACUUAUAGAUGGGGUCGACGAGAUGGAGAUAGGGUCACAUCUGUUCGUCUUGGAGAGAGAAUCUUACACAGGGAAAGUCUCCUUAUUCUGCAGCGAGCAGCGAUUCAAGAUUCUGGUGUCUACAUUUGCGAGAUGAAUAAUUCUGUUGGACAAGAUAAGGCUGAAACAAAGCUGUUAGUUUCAGCCCCAUUAUCAGUGAAAAUAGAACCGCAAACUCAAAUCGUUGAUGUUGGCAAAAUGGCAACUGUUAGCUGCCACGUAAUGGGUCAUCCUGUUCACUCUGUGGUGUGGUUAAAGAACGGAAAUCCAGUGAUAACAGGAGCUCCUAUUCAACUUGUUUCAAGAGAUAUUCUCCAAAUCCAUCCUGUACGAAGAGAAGAUUCUGGAAUGUACCAAUGCUUCGUCAGCAACGAUCAGGAAGUCGUUCAAGGGUCAGCUGAACUUCUUGUAGCAGAGGAAGCUCCUGUCUUCACUUACGCCUUCUCAGAGCAAGCUGUUCAUCCUGGUUCGUCGGUGUCUUUGAAGUGUUCCGCAUCUGGCAAUCCCUUGCCGCAAGUGACGUGGACAGUGGAUGGAUAUCCAGUUCCCGAAGCGUACCAUAUUCGAGUGGGCGAUUACGUGAGUGACGAAAGGACUGUCAACAGUUACGUCAAUGUCUCCAGUAUUACUGUGGAAGACAGUGGAACGUACCAGUGUGUGGCACAGAACGGAGUUCGAGCCAUUAGUCAUUCAAGGCGCCUUAAUGUUUUUGGACCCCCUUUCAUUAGACACAUGAGAAACAUCACAGCACUGACUGGACAAAGUGUUACUAUUCACUGUCCGGUUUCUGGAUAUCCUAUAACGAAGAUUUAUUGGGAAAGAGAGGGGCGAGCACUUCCUCACAAUCAUCGCCAAAGAACAUACCCAAAUGGAACUUUGACAAUUGAAGACGUUCAGCGGUCACGCGAUGAGGGACAGUAUCGCUGCAUAGCUGAAAACAAUCGCAGUCGGGCUGCUCGAAGAGAGGUGUCCCUCAGCAUCAUGGCUCCUCCCGUAGUUGAACCUUUUUCGUUUGCUACUGAUUUAGCCGAAGGUAAACGAAUUACAGUUGCGUGCGUCGUAGGCUCAGGUGAUGUUCCCAUUCGUAUCUCUUGGCUGAAAGAUGGAAAACCCCUGCCAGAUGAUCUCCAAGGCUCUGUCAGUUCAGUAAACGAAUAUACCUCCGCUUUAUCCAUCAACAAAGUAACACAGAUCCACACUGGGAACUACACAUGCCUCGCAACAAAUCCUGUGGCCUCCAGAAAUCACACUGCAGCCAUGGUGGUGAAAGUUCCUCCAAAAUGGCGUACAGAACCCGUUGACAAAGCUGUAGUUGUGGGCCAGCUAGUUAUGUUCGACUGCCAAGCUAAUGGUUAUCCAGAUCCAGUUAUUCGAUGGAAGAAAUCCCCAG